CAUGACUGAAUUAUGGAAAAAAUUACAACAAUCCGAAGAUGGAUCAUUAUCAUUUGAAUCAUUUGAAACGGUGGCUUUAGUUAAAACGUAUAUAUUGGAUAGUCAAGUUGGUGAUUCUGGUGCUUGUGCAACGGCAAUGAUGUCCGGUGUUAAAUCUAAUUUUGAAACAGUCGGCGUCAGUGGUAAAGUAAAACUGAAUGAUUGUCUAGCCACUAUGGAUCCAAUGGUCAGAGUAUCCAGUAUAAUUGAUUGGGCACAGCAACAAGGUAAAUCAACAGGAUUCGUCACAACUACCCGUGUAACACAUGCAACACCAGCCGCUUUAUAUGCACAUUCAGCAAGCCGUUAUUGGGAAUCAGAUGAUCGUAUGAUAAUGAUGAUGAAAACGGUCAAUCGAUCUGAACACAACGAAUGGAAUUCAGAAUUCUGUAAAGAUAUUGCCCGGCAAUUGAUUGAAGAUGAACCAGGCAAAAAUCUUAAUGUUAUAAUGGGUGGUGGUAAAAGGAAUUUAAUACCAAAAAAUGAUGGACAAAGACAAGAUGGUCGUAAUCUUAUUGAUGUUUGGCUUGAUGAUAAAAAACAACGAGGUUUAACAGCAAAAUUUGUAUCGAAUAGUGAAGCAUUACGCAAAUUGGAUACAGAUAAAAUUGAUUAUCUUUUAGGAAUAUUUGCCGAUAAUCAUAUGUCACAUGAAGCUGAUCGUAAUGAUACUAUUGAACCAUCAUUAGCAUUAAUGUCAUUGAAAGCAAUCGAAAUUUUGAAACAUAAUCCACAAGGAUUUUUAUUGAUAAUUGAAAGUGGACGUAUUGAUCAUGCACAUCAUUUGAAUAAUGCAUAUCGUGCGCUAACCGAUACACUUGCAUUAGAUGAUGCAGUUGAACAUGUUGUUCAAAAAAUUAAUAAAUCCAAUACAUUAAUAUUGGUUACAGCUGAUCAUUCACAUGUAUUUACAUUUGGUGGAUUUCCAGCACGUGGAAAUCCUAUACUAGGUAUUGAUGAUCAAACAAGUGAUUCAGAUAAAUUAGCCUAUACAACAUUAAUGUAUACAAAUGGACCUGGAUAUCGUAAAUUACGUGAAAAUCUAACCGAAAUCAAUACUAUUGAUCGUGAUUAUAUACAACAAACAGCCAUACCAAAACGAUGGGAAACACAUGGCGGUGAAGAUGUACCAUUAUAUGCUUCUGGUCCAUCAUCAGAAAUAUUUGCCGGUAUUAUGGAUCAAACAUUUAUUCCUUAUGGCAUCAGUUACGCCACCUGUAUGGGGCCAAUGGAACCAUUGUUUUGUAAAAAAAAUUUAAAUUUUCCCUAUGAUUCAAUGUAA